CACCGCCUGAAUGUGCGUGGCUGACUGUCCAGGCCUUUCCAGGCCUUGCCAUGGCAUUCGUGCUGCAACUGGUUCUAAUCUCUACCAUCCUCAGGCCUUCCGUUUUUAUGAUGGGUGUCCCUUCCGAAGGACCAUCUUGGCAAUGAUCGUUUAGCUCUGUCUCUUGCCAUAAUUGUAGCGACCAGAGAACCAUGCUUCAGUAGCGGGUAUUAUACGCUUCAAGCAGUUGCUGUUUCUUAAUUACAGGCUCCAGAUUUUGGCUCCAGAUUUUCGCCUCAUGGUGAUGCAAUAGUGAGAUCCUAGCGCAUAGCAGUGCGUGAGAUCCUAGCGCAUAGCAGUCAGUUCGGCGUCGCCGGCCCACGUGAGACGACGCGAAUGCUCAUAAUAGGCAGCCAGCCCGUGCCGCGCCACCUCGCGGGCUCGGCGCUGCUCCGCUACCUCCUCACUCACCCGAGCCUCGUCGCCGGCUCGGAGGAGUUUCUUCGCCGAAGCAGCCGCUCAGGCUCGGAAUUUUGUCCUGACCCGAGUCAAUGCCAUGCCAAUCGCGGUGAAGGAGAGGAGUAUGCGCGUCCGGCAGGCGGCAGCGACUGUCGUCUGUCCGACGGUCAUGCUGCCGGCCAGCCAGCAAUACAAUCAACCGUCGGCCCCACAUCCUCAACUCUUCCCCCCUCCCCUACCGCUUUAUCCGCCUACCCUUGCGCUAAUCCCGGCGAUGGCCCGCUCUCCCCCCUGGCUCUCGCGCGGGCAGGAGAGGCGGACACGUUUAUAGCGGCGGACGAAUGGGGGAAUAUGAGGGGCUCAGAGGGGGGAGGUACAAGAGAGGAGAGCGCUAGUGGCGGUAGUUUGAAUGCCGCGUGUAACGGCAGCCCCUCCGGCGCUAGUGCGGGCGCGGGGGCAUCGGUAUGCAGGGGGCGGGAGGGCGGAGGGGGGGAGUGGAUGCGGCGGCAGAGAGACAUGCUAGGGGGCGCGGGGAGUCGCUCUCUGAGAGUGCCACGUGGCGGGGCCUCUGCUGCCGACACGUGUGAUGCUGGCGGCGGCGCGCUGCCCCGGGCGAUCUGGCGGAGUCUGAGUGCGAGUACGCUUGUAGCGCGUGAGGCUGCAGCGGGGAUGACUGGUGGAAUUGCGGCUGGUAGCGGUGCUGCUGGUAGAGGUGCUGCCGGCCGUGAUGCUGCCAGCCGUGAUGCUGAGGGUAAUGAUCCCCCGCCACUGGCAGCAGCCGCAGCAGCAGCAGGAAGAGGGGGGGUAGAAGCAGAAGCAGAGGCAAUAGCAGCAUCAGCAGCAGAGGGGGGAGCAGUAGCAGAAGCGGCAUGGGGUGUGGGUGCGGGGGCAGAGGGGGAGAGGGCCGAGGGCAGCUUGUUCUACCGCCCGCAGUGGCAGGGAGUGGGGCAGGGGGCGAGCAGGGAGGGCGGGGGAGUGGAGGGAGAGGGGCUAGGGAGUGAGGAGGGGAGGAAGGGCGACGGAGGCGAGGAGGAGCAAGGGAGACCAGAGCGGCUGGUGUACGUGGCACAAGCUGAGGUGGCAACUGCAGACGUGGAUUUGGUUGACGUGAUCGGCACGGACGAGAUGACGACGUGCAUAGCGGUGGCCAUCCGCCACCCGCUGUCGCGCCGCACGGCCCUGGCGCACGUCGACUCGUCGCUGUGCGUCGUGCGCGCGCUCUCCUCGCUGCUCGCCUCGCUAGGCCUGCACCCCGCGGACCCCACGCCGCUGCAGCUGCACUUGGUGGGGGCGUUUGACGACGACCCGGGAAACGCGGAGAGCAUCUUCAACGAAUGGGAGGAGAGGCAGGAGCAAGAGCGCAAGCGGCAGGAGGAACAAUCGCAGCAGCAGCAGCGGUGUCUGGAGCGCAGCAGCAGCGGGCGGCUCUCGGGGUGCAAGCGCAGGCGCCGCAGCAGCCGUGCAGUGUGUGCGGCGCCCGGUGGCGGUGACGCGAGUGGAGCAGAGGGAAGCGUCUUUGACACGGGCACGGGAGUAGCCGGUGCUGAUGAGCGCGCAUGCAUGGGCGCGCACGCAGUGAGCCCCCUGCCAGCAUCAGAGUCGCAGGGCACUACGUGCGGCCAGCCCUGGCACCACAAUGCCACUCCCGAUCCACCCAGCAACUCCCAUUCCUCGGCCUACUCCGCCCACCUCAACGACCUCUAUCACACCUCCUAUGGCCCAGACGACCCCCCCUUCUCACCCCACCACUCCUCCGGCACGUCUCUCCCGGUGGCCCGCGCCAUCGUCCAUCUCCUGCACGCCCUGCCGCGCCCCUUCCUGCUCUCCACGCUCGCCCUGCUCCCCCUCAACACCACCUGGGACCCCUCCCGCCGCGCCCCCGUCCCCUGCACGCGCGGGCUGGCCGUGCACCUGCGGUCGGGAGUGGCUUUCCCGCGCGUGUUUACUCCCGAGGAGAGAGGGCCGGACGCUGUGCUCAGGAACGCGCUGCUGUUCUUUGGGGAGGGGGGUGCGGAGGGGGAGGGGGAGCGGGGAAGUGAGGAGAAUGGGGAUGGGGAGGGGGUCUGGGGAGGAGGGAGGGACGAGGAGGAGCGGCUGGUGGGGGGGAAGCAAGAGAGGGAGAGGGUAGAGGGGGGAAGGAACGUGCAGGGGUUGCAGGAGCAGGGGGGGCAUGCUGACAAGGGCACUCCAUACACUCCUGAAAAAGGGGUUCGCAGUGAUGGCACUGCCGCCACUGCCGGCCUUCUGAAUGGCGGUGGCACGCCCUACAGCAGCGAUGGCGACAGCAUGCGUGCUGCCAGCACGCCCUCAUCCUCCCCCCUCAUGCCCUCAUCGCUGCCAUCUUCCUCCUCUCCUUCCCCCCUCCUCUCCUCCUCCUCAUUCUCCCCUCUCCUCUCUUCCUCCUCACCCUCACCCUCACUACCCCCGCUUGCAUCCUCUCCCUCUCUGCUCUCCACCCUCCCCCCCGCCGCGCUGUCACCGCUCUGCACCGCUCUAUGCGGCCCUCUCUGCCCCCAGGGCCGCCUCACCCGCUUCUACGACUCUCAGAUGGACCGCUUUGUGCUGCCGCCCACCAGGCUCAUGGACGUGGCGUCAUUCGCCCGGCAGCGCCUGGCCAUGACGGACCACGAGCUGCUGCACGCCAACUCCACCUCGCCCCUGGCUGAAGGGCCGGACUUCCUGCCGUUCAUACGCAGCUGCUACCGCCUGCUCGCCCAGUCCCCGGACUCCGACGCCCUCUUCCCCAACGGCGCUCCGCGUGUGUUCAUCCGAGACCCCUUGUCGGGGCACUGGCAGCGUGCGCCGUCCCCCCUGCCCCCGCGCACGCCGCUCAUGCUGUACCGCGAGUACCGCACCCGCCAGCUGCACUCGCUCUCCUCGCUGCUCUGCAUGCUGCCCUGCUCCGCGCUGUGCUGGCCCUGGGGGUGAGGCACUCAUGGUUCGGUGGCCAGGGCGCAGCGGGUAUAAGGGCAUUCUCCUUCACCCCCCGCCCCUCCCUGCGCGAGUGGGAAAAGCUUUCAUUGCUCUCCUCGCUGCUCUGGCAUGCUGCUCGGCCCUGCCGUCUGCUGGCCCUGUGCUGAGUUUUGAGCUCCUGGCGCUCGGAACAAUCCCAAGCAGGUUUGCCGGGGAGGCACUCUAUUGUGACAGGCCUGGCAUGCUUCGUCUGCAGUGGGAUAUACCUAGGUACAUAGAGAUGUGCCGUGAGUUUCGGCACGUUCUUGAACCAUUAGCCAGGCACAGCUUGUGCCAAUUGCUGCUCUUGCUCGUAGGGCUGUAAGUUGAGAAGAAAAUUUAACCCUUGCGAAUUGAUGGCUCAUUCC